AUGAUGAAUUGGCAUCACAUACACAUGUUUCCAGUGAGACUGCCUUGGGUCCACCGAGUGAAUGCGCAAGUCUUGCUAUACAGUCAGAUACUAAAAAAGUACAUCACCCUGGCUAUGGCAAAAGAGGAAAGAACAAGACAAGGUUCCAGGGAAGCUGAGUUCAGCUUUGGAGGCGAGGCAGAUUUGCACGAACAUAAGAAAAGGUGUGAGAAAAAUAAAGGACACACGCAAUUUCAUACCUUCUUACAAGUUUACAAUGGCUUAUCUCCCAAAAAGCUACAGAGAAGAUAUUUGCUAUAA